AUGUUAGCGGAACUCAAGAAGAAGGGCUACUCUGCUACUUGCGAGUUGCUGGGAGUUUUCCGCGAUGAAGAUCGCACGUAUGUAGUAACGACACUCGCCACUGGAGGCGACUUGUUUUCCUGGUGCGAGAGUCGUCCACACCCGACGUCAGAUCGAGAGGUCGAGAUGCUGCCUUUGGUUGCUCAGACUUUUUCCGCAGUGGAGUGGCUGCACACGUUGGGGAUAACGCAUCGGGACUUGUCCCUGGAGAACAUCUUGUUGACAGGGCCCAGCUCUAAUGCGUUGCACACGGUGAAGCUCAUCGACUUCGGGAUGGCUUUUGUGGGGCGGGUGUGCCCGCCGGUCACGUCACUGGGCCCAGGCAAACCUUCCUACCAAGCUCCAGAACUCCAUUUGCGUCGCGAAUAUGAUGGCUUUCAAGCAGACUCUUUUGCGUUAGGUGUUGUGGUCUAUGCCAUGGCUGUGGGGAACUAUCCAUGGCAGUCGACCAAGCCUGGGCGAUCGCGGAUUUUCGAUUGGGUGAGCUGUCAUGGUAUCAGCCGGUAUUUUCAGCGAAACGACAUUGUGAAGAACUUCUCCCCGGCUUUGAUUGAGCUGAUGGCUGAACUGCUGCAGCUGCUGCCUUCGCAGAGGACUGGCCUGGUGAAGACGAGGCCACGCUUUCGUUUUCAGCAUUUUGGAAUUCAUCCCCUAGCUUGCAGAAUCGUGUUUGUCUUGACGUGA